CAGCUGCGUAGAGCAAGCUGCGGUGGUUACAUUUCUUGCUGUCAUAACCCACAAAAGCAAGAAAUUACUGCCCCAGCCAGCACUAUCUUAUCGUGAACUGAAGAAUGCCACAGGUCCUGUAAGGGCAGGGGGGGGGGGUGUCAAAAUAAAGAGUUCAAAAGCAAAAAUAAAAGAAUGCAAAGCUGUGAACUGACUGGAUCCCUCAUGAGCCUGGGAAGGAAGAAUGGUCACAUGGCAAGGAUUACUGAUAUUUCUGUUCCUUGAAACGAGCUAUGCAAGUUCUUGUCCUGACCUCUGCACGUGCUCUCCUUCAGAUCACCAACCACUGAAAGUAGACUGUAGCUUCAGAGAACUGGAAACUCUUCCCCCUCUACCCAAGUCAACACAGGAACUGAACCUGCAGCACAACAAGCUGGAAUCAAUACCUGCAGGAGCAUUUGAUAACCUUCAGAUGUUAAAUGUCAUCAAUUUAUCCAGCAAUCCCUGGCACUGUGACUGUGGAAUUUGGUACUUGAAAAACUGGGUGGAAGACCAACCUGGAGACCUGCUUAGCAGUGAUGUAAAAUGCUUCACUCCUCCUUCACUUCACCAAAAACCUGUAUCUGAGCUAACAAAGGAACUUACUUCUUGUUCUAGUUCCAGAAAAUAUUGUAUUGAUUUCUUGUUCAUUGAUGCAUUCCUCCUUCUUCUUAUGGUGCUCUGGUUUUGUUUUUUGAUUGGGAGUCUCAUGAUUGCAAAAAGGAUUAAGUUUAAAAUGAAAAUCUGAAGCAACAGCACGGAGAUCUUUGUCAUGUUUUACUGUCAACUUCUAAUCAGAUGAAAAGAAGACAGGGAAGAGUCUGGAGCUGUUUCAUCAUUGUAGUGUCUACUGUGCAUAAGACUGCAAGAAGAAAAAGGUCAAGCAAAUUAUUUCUGAUUACCAUUAAAAGCACAUUGGCACACUGGGAAAAAUGGGCAUUAAUGGCUGUUGUUUUAAGAACUGAAACUCAAGAAGAAAGAAUAUGUUCAUGGACCAACCCUAUAUUCAAUUGAUGAGGCAGAUCUACUCAGCAGGACCAGCUGUGACAGCAAAUAAAAUGGAAACCUACGUGUUUGCAGAAAAAUCUGAGAUUUUAAAAAACCUAAUUUUAAACCUAAAACCCAAGUUAACAGCAACAUCCACACAGAUAUUGCAGAAAAAGAGAAAAUAAACACUGGAGAUUUUACAAUAUAUUGUCAAAGGCUUUUAUGACCAGAAUCAGCAGGUGGUUGUGGGUGGGUGUGACAUCACUUCUUGAUUACUUUCAAAAGAACUUCCCCUGAUAUCUAUGGUUGAAAUAAUGGACAUAUGGAAAAGUUUCUAAAAUGUUGUAUUGGAGACUAUUUUCUGAACAUUCUUUCUGCUGCUCCUCAAUUUUUUGAGGGCAGAGAAUUGGGGCCAAGGGCAGGGGUUUGCCUGCCAUGGGGGGGACAAAUAGCAAAGUUAAAGACUCCCAAUGCUUGCCAGGAAAAAAAAAUUUUGUGUGCAGAGGAAUAAUCAAUACCUCCUGGCAUUAAUCCUGCCUCCAAUAUCCUUGAGAAAUACAUUAAUCUAUGAUGAUUGGAGGCCUACUGACAGAGGGGUAGCCAGGGGCAGCUGCAAAGAAAGGGACCCAAAUAUUUAUAUAUAUUAUAUGUUUGAGUAAUUGGGCUUAAAAGGUGUAAGUUUGUUUAGGAGGGCACUAUAACUUUUGCACUAAUCAAUAAUGAUUUAAGAUCACUCAUCAUAUAUAGCCCUUCUUUGUAGAUGUUAAAGCAA